UCCAGGUGGGACGUCCGCGCUCCUCCGCAGCACACAGUCGUCCGCUCUGCUCGCGACCGCCGCCAGCCAAGGCCCCGCCGCCACCGUCAGCUUUCACCUUCACCGCCCGCGCGCAGUAAGGGCGAGUUUAGCGUGUCCAACAGCGAGGAAAACGCCCGUGCUGACCCGAGUGCGGAGGCGCCGCGGCCUGUGACGCAAAGAUGGCACGGUUCGCCGGCCGACGUUUUGCGAACUGGACCGAUGGUGAUGUUGGUUUGCUAGUUUUGUUGCACUAUUUUACACUUUACUGUGCCCAGUAGCAUGGAGUUCGACCUUGUCAACUACGAUUCUGAGUUAUAUUCGGUCUGAGGGGCCAAAACGAUGAUUUUUUUUUUUUUUGCUGUUACAGUGUCGAUCGACUACAAUUUUGAUCCUCCAAUUGUGCCAUUGCCCUUCAUUAUUUUCGCACGCCUUCCGUAUAUCGCUCCUGACGCCGCCUCUGUCCGACCGCCUCUGUCUCGUCCUGUGCGCGCCUCUGCGCUGACUCAGUUCCAGCCGGCCGUGGAGCACCUGCUGGAACCUCCCUACGUGCGCUGUUCGGCAUUGCCGGCGGCACCCGCGCUGUUUCCUCACCUGGCCGCCAGGCGGCAGCAGGUGUCGACGGGCAGCCGUUACAGCGGAGCCGACCGGCCGCGAGCGCGAGCCGUCGUCAGUUUCCGGUGGGGGAGUGCCGCGCCCUGCUGAGGCUGGACCCGUGCGACAUGGCCAACACCAUGUGGGUGCUACUGCUGACCGUGGGAGUCCUGCUCUUCCACAGCGCCACUGCACAGAACUGCACCAUCCCACAAGUGAUGCGGGACCAGUGGUACAGCUUCGAGAACGGCGAGAACACGAUCACGGAGCUGGACGCGGUGCGGAUGUCGGGGCGAGGCCGGUGCGUGGAGCUCGACCAGGACAGCUACCGCUACACGAUGCUGUUCCGCAGGGACAACUGCUACUUCUGCGUCCAGCUGCUGGUCCGCACAAUAAACGUCAUGGAAAAGCGCGAGACUGCGUGUCAGAAUUUCCCGAACUCGUUCCAACCGACGCUGAAGCAGGUGUGUAAGAACCUCGACCCGGAGCAGGAUCUGAUCACCAUGUUCAACGAGAACUACCGUCCGAAGAUCUGCCGCUCCAGCUUGGAAGGCACCUGGCACUUCAGCUACCAGAAUCGGUUCAGGUUCACCGGCGAGUGCGCCCACAAGGACAACCGACUGACAUCGUGCCAGGAGCUCGGUAACCAGUUCCUGUUCGCCAACCAGAAGUUCACACUCAACUACGCCGAACAGUGCGGCAACCCCAGCCCCGAGACGGACCCCAUCUACAGUCUGCGAGACGUCAGUCAGGGCCCGGUCGAGUUCGCCUGUCUGGGAGACUGGAAGGUCGGCAAGGAUCACUUCUUCGCCGUGGCCAACACCAAGGAGUCUCGUAAGGAGGAGAAGUACCGCUGCUUCCUGAAGAACCGUGACGAUGACCUGCUGCUGGGAAAGAGCAUCACGCCCGAGUGUAACGUGCUGAAGACGCCGCAGGACAGUCCGGAGCGACUCAACCUGACCCCCGUGAAGUCGGAGACGGUCACACCGCUCUGUAACCUGCCGACCAACUUCAGCGGCGAGUGGGUGAACACAGCCAACACGGACGCAGACGUGGUCAUCAACUCGACCCACGUGAUCGAGACCUACUACCCGGACGAGGGUCGCUACCGACGCACCGUCUACACCUGUCUGGAGAAACAGGGCAACCGGUUCAUGAUGGCCCGACAGAACAUCGACGGGUGUCAGACGGACUACGUGUGUUUCGACUUCCUGCCUCGGCACCACAACGUGAUUCGGUUCCGGCGGGGUCGUGAGCUGAUCCAGAGUGAAUUCCACACGGUGUGUGCGUGGAAACAGUUUGAGGGCAGUGACGGCGUGAAACAGAUCGGUGCCGACGGCUCCUGGCUCUACAACAUCAUGGUCGCCAAGAAGCCGGUGCCGAUUGGCUGCCCAGUGGCCGGCAUGUUCAAGUUCGACCAGUUGGGUGAGAUCAAGUUCCGCACUCGCAUCCUGCACGGCAUCACGGACUCACCGCGGCCCGACCUCAAGUGUCAGUACGUCAUCUCGGAGUUCGCCGCCUGCCACCAGGGCCAGAAGGCGCAGACCGAGAUCAGCAUCGACAACGAGAAGUGCUACUCAGUCGACUACCUGGGACGGCCGCACGACAUCUACAGUGACCCCGAUUACAAGAUGCAGUGCGUGGGAUUCUGGCGAGAGAACCUGAGAUCGUACCUCAUCACAUACGAUGAGCUGGACCCGAUCAGCAAGUACAGAUGCUGGGUGUACAUCCGGACUGACAUCAACCGGAUCAAGAUGUCACAGGCGGUGGGCAGCUUCUGCAACAUCAACCAGCGCGCCGACUCUUCCAACUACACUGAGGGCGCCGCCGUCUUCCUCGACCUCCGCGAGAACGAGCGAGAACGUGAUCGUUGUCCUCUGUACUUUGACGAUGGAGAGAAUCCGUGGGAGAAGAAGGAUCAGUACUUCAAGGUGUUCGACUUCAAGUACAACAGCGGCGCGCGGCUCGCACCGGCCGCGACAGUGCUUCUCUCCUGGCUGACAGCGGUGGCUGCUCUGUUGUAAUGUGUAGAACAGUGCUGCAGGAGGGCGGAGCGGUGGCUGUAGGGCAGGAAUAGCAGCUGUCGGCUGCGACUGUCGCUUGCAACAUCAACUGCAGAUUGCCUGAGCAGUAGUUGCCAACGGCCGGAACAGCAGUGCACGGAGGCGGUCGUUGCAGCAACUGAAGGACCGGACGAGGCCAGUGAAGACUGCGGGGCCUCUGGCCGCCUUUCACUGCGCUGGUCGUGUGUUUCCAGUGAUCUGAGGACCAACUCCUGGUGACUUUCGUGUGUUAGAACUAUCCGAGGAUGGCCAUUCGGGAGACCAGGGAGACUCCGACCGAUUGCUGCGUUGUGUAACGGAUAACGCAUUCGAUGGUGCUUUCUGGGAGUCUGCUGUUCUGAGGGAAGAUCGGCAGUCCCCAGGCUCAGAAUCUGCGGAAUCUCAGCUUACCAUCUGCUGUCCUCAGAACGAACCGACUCCUAAAGCUGGGAGUCCCAGCAUUAGGCAUCCCAGCACUGUAUGAGUUUCGAUUCCGUUGCUGAAUUUGAUCCGGGAUCAAAUACAGUAAGUUAGGAAUAAUUAUUUGUGAAAACACACAUAUUGAUGUUUUUACGACUGCGCGCAUUAUUCAUAAACAUAGCUGUCAUCGAAGUACCUAUGUAUAAGCUCCACUCGACGUAACCGCGGACGUAUUAGUGGAAUGAACUGUCGAGUGCUCAUGUACUGCGUUAAGUUAGGUGAUGAAUUGCUGCGUACGAAGGUGGCCCUGAACAAGCAUUAGAUAUACACCAAUGCUAUCACACGUGUUAUUCCUAUACGAUUCUUUUUGUAUGGCGCACUUUCAUGUUUGUACAUAUAUGUUGCAAUGUAAAUAGACGUAGCGACCUGAAA